AUGGAUCUGGUCUCUUUUGCAUUUGAUGUACAAGCUCAUUACGAUCCAGAAAAGCCUCUAUACAUCAGCGCCGAGAACCCCAGCAUAUCGCUGAACGCAAGCCAGAUGAAUACUUUGGUGAAACAGCUUGUGGCCGGAUUUCAGGCCGCAGGGCUUCGAAAGGGUGAAGCUGUAUUGCUAUGUGUGCCAAAUAAUUGUUUCUAUGUGGCCCUGAUACUUGGUAUUAUAGGUGCGGGCGGCGUGUUCUGCGGCGUAAAUCCUGCAUACCAGUUGGACGAGCUCGUUCACAUUGCCGAGAUUGCCAGCCCACGCCUUGUAGUUGUGAGCAAGGAUAUUUUUCCGAUGGUGUCACGGAUGUGUGAAAUGAAAGGCAUACCUAAUGAUCGUAUAUUUCUUCUCGAAGACUUAACUGUGCCAGACUAUCCCCAAGAUUUGCUCUUUUCCCUGGACGGUAAACGCGAAGUCAUAAAUGAUGGAAACCGUACUACUGGGCAUCCUAGUGACCUUCAGAACCACGGGCAGUUACCAUGGUCGACCCUUCACGACGAAACAGUGUUGAGGGACACUCCAGCAGCAUAUUUUUCCACUUCCGGUACAACAGGGCUUCCGAAGCUUGCCAGCCUAUCUCACUACUCCCUGAUUGCUCAACAUCGCAGUCUCUUCGAGAACGUGCCUUAUGAGGUAGUAAGGCUCGCGUGUCUACCAUUUUUCCACAUAUUUGGGGCUGCCUGGGCCGUCUUCUGCCCUCUCAAAUACGGAGAGCCUGUGUAUAUUAUGCCAAGGUUCUCGCUUGACAAUUAUACCUCAAACAUUUUCAAGUAUGCCAUAACCGAGACAUAUAUGGCACCCCCGAUGGUCUACGAAUUGAUUCAAUGUGAGCGUCCUUUGCAGCAGCUUCUGUCUACCAUCAAAUACGUCGGUAUUGGAGGUGCGCCGAUUGAUGCUGAAUCCCUGAGCCGGUUUCGUUCAAAUCUCCAGCCGGGAGCUACCGUAACUCCGGUGUGGGGCAUGACAGAGUUCGGACCGGCGGCGCUGUUCCGGUGGGGGGAGCACGACGACACCGGCUCCAUCGGAAGGCUUAUCGAGGGCUACGAUAUGAAGUUAGUAGAUUCGGCUGGCACGCUCAUCUUGGCAGACAAUCAGCCUGGCGAGCUCCUUAUUCGCUCGCCUGGUAUCAUGACUGGAUACCUGGGAUACCCGACACACGAUGAAGGUGACUUUUUCCGCACCGGUGACAUUGCGCAGGUGAAUGAAAAGAAGCUCCAUAUAGUUGGAAGAUCGAAGGAAUUGAUCAAGGUCAAGGGAUGGCAGGUUGCUCCGGCGGAGAUUGAAGCAAUUAUCCUCCAACAUCCCGAUAUAUUGGACUGCGCGGUCGUCGGAAUCUUGUCGGCCGAUCAUGUCACAGAGCUUCCCAGAGCAUAUGUAGUUGGGAGAAAUGGCAGAAAAGAAUCCGUUCUUGGGGAAGAGAUAUACAAUCUUGUGCGUAGCCGCCUUGUAAGCUACAAGAAACUGGCAGGCGGUGUGACAUUCCUGGAGAGAAUCCCCAGAACACCGAGUGGCAAGGUUCAGCGCUUCAAGCUGUUUUCCUUGUGACCUUUUGAUGGAACAGAACAAGAAUGUAAUACAAACACCAAGUCAUGAUAGACAACUUGAAACUUGACUUCAUGAUCAAUUCAAGAACAAGCGUUAUCUUAUUUGUGGCAGCUGGUCCAGUGACAGUUCUAGACCACAUUUUCAGAAUUGUUCUGUGGUACGCGCCUGUCUUCGUAGGAUCGUGGGAGUUCCCGAGAAUCACUUGAACAUCAGCGCAUUUGAUGCUACUUACACUUAUCUGUAAUGCCUUUAUUAGAAGCUUCUAUAGCCCGUAUCGACACCGUGGUAGUUUAAAAGGACAAGUAUUUCCGGGUCUUAAGUGUUAUCGGCCUCAGGAUAAAACGGUGAGUUGGUAUUCGAUAAAAGUUGGGAUCCCCAUCAUGGAUUAGGAUAAAUUGAGCGUCUGACGUAAGCAAUAUAUUGACAGUUUAAAGCCUGCACGAAUUUCCCAAAGUUCAACACCGCGUCGAUGGGAAAACCGUAAU